AUGGAAACAUUGGCGACACACUUCUACAGCUGUUCACUAGAUGCACGUAUGUACUUCAUUGCCAUUGCUCUCCUCAUCGCUGCCGCACAAGCAGUACCCGUGGAAUAUGGUCACUAUCCCGCACCGAUUUUAGCGCAUGCGCCUGUCUUGGCACACGCUGUGCAUGCUGAACCUGUUGCAUACCCGAAAUACUCCUUCAACUACGGCAUUAAGGAUCCACAUACCGGUGAUAUCAAGUCGCAAGCCGAAGAGCGUGAUGGCGAUGUAGUCAAGGGUCAAUACUCGCUGGUCGAACCCGAUGGCUCAGUGCGUACCGUUGACUACACUGCCGAUGAUCAUAACGGUUUCAACGCUGUCGUGCACAAGACCGCACCGAAAUUGAUUGCCCAUGCACCAGUGUUGGCACACGCACCCGUCUUGGCACCAGCACCACUGCUGCAUCAUUAUUAA